AAGCAGCUCCAGUAGAAGUGUAAAGUCACCACCUGUUGGGAAGAGCUGCAGUCAUUUGGGGAGAAGUUACAAAUCUUCAACCUUAUCCUUAUAUCAAAGUUAUCCACUUACCUAGACUACAAUGAGGGUGUUAUGGAUUUCAUGUCUGCUGAUUGGGACUAUCACCUGUGUCCCUGUGUGGAAAGACUAUAGCUCAAACAAUGCUGGCACAUCCUUCAUGCAGCCACCACUUUCUUCUGGGCAUAUGUUCAGUGGGGAAGGGAUGAGUUCUAGUCCAGGCAGCAGCUCCUCUCUACCAAGUCUAUCAAGCCCAAGCUUUGGCAAACCAGCUCAACUUCCUGCUCCUUCUCACUCUAGUGGUUAUGGUGACAGUGCUUCAGUUGGAAACUAUGGUGGUGGCCAUGGUAGCUCAGCUAGUGGUUAUGGUGGCAGUGCUGUAGGUGGAAGCUAUGGUGGGUAUGGUAGCUCGGCUAGUGGUUAUGGUGACAGUGCUGUAGGUGGAAGCUAUGGUGGGUAUGGUAGCUCGGCUAGUGGUUAUGGUGACAGUGCUGUAGGUGGAAGCUAUGGUGGCAGUGCUGUAGGUGGAAGCUAUGGUGGGUAUGGUAGCUCAGAUAGUGGUUAUGAAGGGGGUAGCUAUGGGUAUGUGGCCCCUCAUGAUGAGAGCUCAAACUUUGGACCUGCUAUCGGCGGCGGUGCAGGCUAUGAAAAUCCUGAGCCAGUCUUCAGUGACGUGUCUGAUCUGGAGCCAGUGUACUCCUACAGCUCUCGUUCAAGCUACCAACGAGGACAAGCAACAUUUGCUCAAAGCCGCUACACCCCAGGAGAACCUGUUCCCCCAUUCCCGGUAUCCAGACGCAGCAGCAAAGCAACUUUCCAACCAAAUGCUCCUGCUAAAGCUCCAACCAAGGGUGGCUUCUAAAAAUCUUUCUGGUCUCUGUGCCAGAUGGUUCUCCUGUUAAUGACCAGAUGUCAAUAAAUUCUUAAGUCAUCAGUUA